AUGGCAGACAUGCUGGAUACCACCAAUCCUAUACAAUGGCUGGCCGUUUUGGCCCCCUUCACCGCGGUCUUGCCAAUUUUGUACAUCCUUUACCAGAGCAUCCUGCCGAAGCCCAUACCUGGCAUUCCAUACAGCAAACACGCUGCAAAGAGCAUUUUCGGUGAUAUCCCGGAUAUGAAGAGAGAAUUACCCGGUAACCUCCUCAGUUGGAUAGGGCAAGACAUUCUUUUACGUCGAAAAGAGCUUGACCGAUCUAGCUUUAUGAGUAAUGUCUUAUCUGGCGAGGCGAAGUUUUUCUAUAUUAUACUUAAGACCGGGCUGGUAGCGGCUCCUAAUAUCUAUAAGAGCGCUUUGUGCCUUCUGGAUCUCUGGAAAAGGAAAGCGUAUCUUGCUGAAGGGAGAGCCUUUUCUGCGGAGAAUGAUGUCUUCUACGCUGCUCUAGAUGCUGUCUUGGACUUCGGCUUUGGCGACGCUGCUCCUAUGAGGGCUCUGAUACCUCAAGUUGAGUUAUUAGCGUCGAUGUCAGCCGCCAACGGAAUGGCCGAACAGAGCUCAGCACACUAUACUGACGUACUGGAAUUUCCAACUGCGUCUAUCGAUCCUGGCCUGGAGGCAACCCUGCAGUCGGCAGAAAACGUUGGCGGGGUAGCAAUGACCGGGUUUCCGAAGCUUGCUUGGUCAGUCAUUGGGCUGAGACCGAGUGUACGCCGAGGAAGAGCGGUGCGAGACGAUUUUCUCGUUGACCAGGUCCUGCAGGCAUCGGACAGAUUCAAAACUCAACUUCGGGAUGUUGACAAUGAGGACAAACACGUUAAGUCUGCAAUUGACUUGAUGGUGCGGAGACUGAACAGUGUCAUGGAGAAAGAAGGCCACCUUCUUCCUGACUGGAUCGAGACUAUGAGAGCUGAGCACAACCCUCUGUUGGGGCAUCAAUUCAUUGCGGAUGACCAAGCAGUUCAGCAAAGACUUUUUGAAAGCAUUCAGAGCUUUCACACCGCAGCAAGUAGUGAGGGUCGUCUUCCUACACACGCUGAGAUUUGCGACGCAAACAUACCGUACCUGGACGCAGUUAUUGAGGAGAUGCUUCGGCUUGCUCAUACAGCGACCAGUCAAGAUCGAGAAUGCAGAGAAGAUACAGUCAUCUUAGGCCAUGUCAUCCCCAGGGGUACCACCGUUAUCGUCCCAAACCAGGGCCCAAGCUUUACUGAGCCGGGAUAUGAGAUUGAGGAACGCCUGCGGAGCCCAUCUUCGAGAAAAGCAGCCGCCGAUUUUGGUUCCAGGGUCUGGGACUCCCACGAGAUGGGCAGGUUCGAGCCGGACCGUUGGCUUGUACGGGAUGAGAAGGGUAAUGAUGAAUACAAUGCUUCUGCUGGACCGACCUUGCCCUUCGGCCUUGGACUUCGCGGUUGCUUCGGACGAAAGCUGGCAUACAUGGAAAUGAAGCUUUUGAUCACCCUCUUGAUCUGGUCAUUCGAGUUCCAAAAGUGCCCAGAGAACUUGUCGAGUUAUGAAAGUAUUACAAGCCUUACACGGAAGCCUGUGCAGUGCUACGUGCGCUUGAAGGUUCGUUAA